GUUUUGGGCGAGGCGUAUAAAUGAAUCAAAGCCUCGUCCGACCUGCUCAUCUCCACACAAUCCCUUCUCCAGACCAAACUGCGCGUCUCGGACGGAGAGAUGUCGUUGAGGUUGUUGGGACUCCUGGUCCUGUCCUCCCUCUGCUCUGCCAUGAUGCUACCAAACAUGUCCACAGAGUCCAGCGAAGAGGACGGCUCCACCUCGGACCCCUGGUCCGACUCAGACUGGGAGGAGAUGCCCAAAUGGCCACCAAACUCCCGCAGCAGCCUCAUGUCAUCACCCCCCUUGAUACCACCAUGGCCAGACAGCGGCAACAUGACCAAUGAUUCCAACAAACUCCGGAUGCUGGGGAUCCCCGGCCCAAUAAUGCCCCCCAUAUCUGAUACGGCCAUCUGCGACUUCCUCCUGAACUCACCAGUACCGCCGCCUAUCGAGCAGAUUCCACUUUUCUGCAUCUGUUCCCACUGUAAAGGCACCACGGGACCCAAAGGAGAUCGUGGAGACCGGGGCCCUUCAGGUGAACCUGGGAGUCCUGGCAGAAGAGGGAUGACGGGGUUCAGAGGUCGAGCAGGAUUCACAGGUCGUCAGGGGAUGAAAGGUCAGAAGGGAGACCUGGGGAAGAAGGGGCAGGCCGGUCCUGCCGGAUUCACCGGGACAAAGGGCGCACGAGGCUUCAAAGGGGACAAAGGAGACACAGGUUUGAUAGGGCCCCCAGGUACACUGGGUCCCCAGGGAGAAACCGGCACAUGUCCUGCCUCCUGUGAUAGUGGCCGGGGUCCACAGGGUCCACAAGGCCCCCCUGGACCAGCUGGAGCCCGGGGCCUGCCUGGGGUUGAGGGAGUUGCAGGACCUAAAGGUUUCAAGGGCGUUAAAGGUGACCUGGGUAAACCUGGCGACCCCGGUCUGAAUGGCCAGAAGGGUGAUCAAGGUGAGCAAGGAGUGUGUGAGUGCACUGAUGGAAUGGACGGCACUGAUGGGAGACCAGGAGAAAAGGGGUACACAGGGGACAAAGGGGACUCUGGUGCCCAAGGUGUACUGGGCCCCAUGGGAUCAAAAGGCGACCAGGGCAUCAAUGGCAUCAAUGGUCCACCCGGUCCCUGUUCCAUGGCCAUCCAAUCAGCAUUCUCUGCAUGUGUCAACCGAUCGCUUCCCAUCCCAAACUGGCCCAUUCCUUUCCCGCAUGUCCUCCUAAACCGGUUUGGACACUUCGACCCACUCUCUGGCAUCUACAGAGCCCCCGUCAAUGGCACCUACGUCUUCUCCUUCCACCUGGUCGUCUCCUUCAGGACACUUAAGGUCGGCCUGUUCCGCAACUUCUACCCUGUAGUCAAAACAACAGAGGCAACAAACCAAGCCACCGCCAGCCAGAGUGUCGUCCUCCACCUCACGCAAGGAGACGAGGUGUGGCUGCAGGUGAAGAACAAUAUUACCAACGGCGUUUACACCGACAGGGAAAGCAGCAGCACGUUCUCGGGGUAUCUGCUGCACCCUGACUCCUGCGAAAUUCCCUUCCUUCGAGAUUUCUGGCCAGAUGAAAUGAAGGAGAACGGACCAUUCAGCUGGGAUGGUCCUCCUCACACCACCACUCCUCCACCUUAGUAGGCUACAGUCAGUCGCACAUUUGUAGAUGAAGUAUCCUCAUCUUGCCAAUCAAACAUUCUGUGUAUUUCUGACUGCAAGUUUUAAAACAGGGGUAAAAAAGUCUGAUAGAGAUGGAGUUUUCUGUCAGAGAAGUUUCAAGCCUCUCAACUCGCUGUUGUUACGUGGUUAGAAAGUGAUUGAGUCGAUCACAACUGCCCCAAAUGUGACGUCACACAGGAAGCAAGUGAUAGUGAUAGUCAAGAUUUUUUUCAGAAGUUUUACAAGUGUGUGUAGGCAGCUGGACUUGCUUGUGUUUAAAGACAAGCAAGUCCAGUUGAAGGUCUUCUGGAGAUACCUUGACCUGGAUGACUGAGAAUCUUGACAGAGAUAUUCAACAUUAAAUCUGAGCCAUUUGUGGACUAAAUCUGUGUUUUUGUAGAGAAGGUUGUUGGAAGGUGUUGAACUGUUACUCUGCAAAACAAUGACAACUCAAAUAUUACUGUGCUGAUUAAAUCUCGCUGGGUUCAGUCUUACACUGACUUGCUUCCUCUCUCUCCACCACAGGAUCAAAAUCAGUGGUUUUGGGAGAAAUUUCGUUCAGAUGUUUCUGGUGACUUUUCAUCAGGUGAACAUUUUAAUGUGUCCAAUACUUCUAGGUUGAGUGUAAAACAAGCUAAACUAUGACUGCAAACAUUACACCUGCAUUGAAACAUGUUAUUUUCAAUGUGUGUUAUUUACGAUGUAUUAGGGCGUUGUUUAAAAAAAAAUGAUUCUGUGAUUUUGAAAAUAAAGUUGUAAUAUUAGUCUUCGUGUGACAUGAAUAUCAGAAG